GAAAGAGUCCGGUCAUGUGCUUGAUAGCUAUUUAAGACAGAAGGGAGAAAUGAGCCGACUCUUGGGGGGCUACGGUUCUGCAGACAGAGGAGCAGCAUGCACGGUGAGAGCAUGUGGAGAGUGGGUUUCCUGGUGGUGGCCUCGUGCGCCACCCUGACGCUGGCCCAGUUUCCCCGGGAGUGCGUCACCCCCGAGGGGCUGCGGAGCGGCCAGUGCUGCCCGUCUCUCACGGGGGCGGCGGGCGACGAGUGCGGCUCCAGCGCGGGAAGGGGACAGUGCGUUUCCAUCGCUGCCGACAACCGGCGCCACGGGCCGCAGUACCCGUACGCCGGCCGCGACGACAGGGAGAGGUGGCCGCUGAGAUUUUUCAACCGCACCUGCCAGUGUAAUGGGAAUUUCACCGGCUACAACUGUGGCCGAUGCAGGCACGGGCUGACUGGACCGAACUGUGAUCAAAGGAUCUCUGUAGUAAGAAGGAAUAUCAUGCAGAUGAGUUCAGCUGAGAAGCAGGCCUUCGUGAACGCACUGGACCGAGCUAAGAGGACUGUGCAUCCUGAAGUAGUCAUCUGUACGAGGCGCUACCAGGAGGUGUUUGGGGCCGACGGAAACACCCCACAAUUUGAGAACGUCACCAUUUACAACUACUUCGUCUGGAGCCACUACUACUCCGUCAGCAAGACGUACCUGGGCUCGGGCCAGAGCAGCUUCGGAGGCAUCGACUUCUCUCACGAGGGCCCAGGUUUUGUUACCUGGCAUCGUUUUCACCUGCUGCAGCUAGAGAGAGACAUGCAGGACAUGCUGGGCGACCCCUCCUUUGCCCUGCCCUACUGGAACUUCGCCAUCGGAGGCAGCGAGUGCGACAUCUGCACCGACGACCUGCUGGGAGCCAGGAGCUCCUUCGACAUGAACUCCCUCAGCUCCAACUCCGUGUUCUCUCAGUGGAGGGUGAUCUGCGAGAGCGUGGAGGACUACGACACUUUGGGCACCGUCUGCAACAGCACAGAGAGCAGCCCCAUCAGGAGGAACCCAGCGGGCAACGUGGCGCGGCCCAUGGUGCAGAGGCUGCCGCAGCCCCAGGACGUGUUGGACUGCCUGGAGCUCAACACCUUCGACACCCCGCCUUACUACUCCACCUCCUCGGAGAGCUUCAGGAACACCAUUGAAGGCUACAGUGCCCCCCAGGGGAUGUAUGACCCGGUGGUCCGCAGCCUCCACAACCUGGCCCACCUCUUCCUCAACGGGACGGGAGGACAGACUCACCUGUCGCCCAACGACCCCAUCUUUGUGUUGCUGCACACCUUCACCGACGCAGUCUUCGACGAGUGGCUCCGCAGGCACCAACCAGGUGACAUCGUUUACCCGGAGGAGAACGCGCCGAUAGGACACAACCGCAGGUUCAACAUGGUGCCCUUCUGGCCUCCCGUCACCAACGCUGAGAUGUUCGUCCCCGCCCCAGAUAACUUGGGAUACACGUAUGAGGUCGAGUGGCCAGCCCGCGCCUUCACCCUGUCUGAGAUCAUCACCAUAGCCGUCGUGGCGGCGGUCCUGGUAGUGGCAGUGGUGGGCGGCGUCAUUGCCUGCGCCGUGCGAGCUCGCUCCUACCGCUCGGCCGAGGCCCUCGAGCCGCUGCUGGGAGAGACCUUCAGGCGCUACUCAGAGGACGAGCGCAGGUUCGACAAGUCCCAGUCGGUCGUCUGAGUCCACGUCUCCAGUUUGUGAGAAGGCCUUAACAUGUUCGUGUACUUGUUUCGCGUUAUUUUUUUUUUAUCCUCCCAUUUCGUCUAAUAAAGUUGGUCGUGAACCCUGA